GACAUUUCUUCUGUUUACAAUAUUGUGGGAAUGACGAAAGGCUAAAGGGUCAAUAAAUCCAAAAGUAUGUAACAUAGUAGUAUCAUUACUAGCUAAUGAAAACUGAGCAUGGUGAAUAGAAUUAAAAUAAUUGCCAUCUAGAGGUGCAUUAUCUGUAACUGAGGUAGGAUUUAUGAAUUUUGUUCUUCUACAGAGUUCAAAACAAGUAACAAUUUCAAUGGUCAGCAAUUUAAGCUUGCAAUAAACUUUCAUAUUCAAGAUAGUGAAUAAAUAUGGAUGCAAACUUUCCUCAAAAUAGACAAUAUGGAAGGAAUUUUCAAAACAAUAGACAGCAGUUUGCACACACUAGAGAGUUAGGGAUGGCCAAUCCUGCAUCGAUGAAUCCACCUAACCUUGCAGCUGAAGAAAGAUCUCUCUAUUCUGAGCAUAGAUACUCUCAGGGCAGAAACCCAGGCCCAAACCCACAUAGGUAUCUCCACAGAGAUUUUGGACUAGAUCCAAGUCCAAUGCAUGAAAGACCAGUGGGAGCCAGAGGUCCUCCUCCACAGCCACGUGGUAAUCAAGCUGGAUUAGACAGUCGUAGUGUAAGGAAUUCAAGGAAUCCACCAUCAACAACUAAACCAACCCAUCAAACUUUUGGCCCAGAUUACAACUACCAACACAGAGGACCAGAAAGGAAUAUCCCAACUUUCCAAAGAGGAAAUGGUGAAGACGUCAAUAGAUUGGGCUUUCAUCCAAGAGAAGAUGCAUUUCAGCAGCAAGGAUUGGGAGAAGGAGGUUUCAGAGGUCAAAGAGCAGAGGAUGUUUAUUCAAGGAAUAAUCAGUUCUAUGGAAGUCAAAGUCGAGGCUGGUCAGGCAUCCAGACUGGAAGAGAACCAUUCAACAUGACUGAAGGAAAUAAUCCAGGUCAAACAAAUCCACAUGGUAUUCAGGAGAAUCUGGGAAGCAAUCUCCAAUACACAGAAAAUGCUGGUGGGAACAAUUUUCAGCUUACUAAUGCAGUGCCAAGUCAAUCAAGAAAUAAAAAAUCCCAAAAGUGCAUAUUAACUGAGUGCCACAAUAGUGUAAGUAAUAUGAAAGAACACAUGAUGAAAUGCCACCUUCCAAAAAUAUUUAACAUGAAUUUUCUACUUGAUAAACCAGCUUUGCAUGAUUUACGCAUGCGAGCUUUGAGAGAGUUGGCAAUUUCGAUCCUUGGAAGCAAAACUAGUCUAGAAGACCUUUGUAGCUUUUUAAGAAACCAAAGCGUCCUGCCUCAAAGUUCUCCCAUCCAGGACAAAGCAGAUGAAUCCAUGAGAGCUUUUUGUCAUCAUCAUGGAUAUAUUGAACCCAGAAUCUUUGACCUUCAUACCAUCAACAGCCCAGCUGUGCUGUUACACUGGAGGGCCUUGUCUUCUCUGUUGAGAUAUAUACCACCAGCUCAGCAAAAAGAAUUUCACAGUCUCUUCCAUGCAGAGGGUUUAGAGUUUGAAUGGGAUUUGAUGAAAAACAAAAGACAACAGGAUCAAGGGGUUGGGAAGAGUAACCAAACCAAUAUUCCUUCUCAGUCCUCUACCAAUCAAGGUACAGAGAAUAACAGAUUUCAGUUUGAUGUUCAAAUGAAUCUGAACAGAAUUCAAACCCAAUUUUUAGACAGUCAACCAGUAUCAGAAUUUGGGAAAUCCCAAUUAAAUGGUAAGCAUUCUCUAUUUCAAGAUAUAAAACGUGAACAACAGGUUCAAGAACCAUCAUUUCAUAGAGAGGACUUGCCAGAAAAAACCAUGGAUCAGCUGAUGGGGCUUCAUUCACUUUAUCCAUUAGAUGGUGGCACUGAGAAAGAGGAUCUUCAGAAGACUGCAAAUCCUAAUAAAAAUACAACUGGCCUGACCAAGUCCCAGAUUAAAAGAAGGAGGCGAGUACGGGCUCAAAAGAAACAAAAUCAAAGGAUGAAAAAGGUGCAGAAAAGGAUAAUGAAAAACCGGGAAGCUCGUAGAAUUGAUAGGAAUAUUAAGAAACUUAAUGCACAUGUUGGAUGUCCAGUACCAGGCUGUUAUGCAGCAACUAAUCUGAAACAUCAUGCAUUCAAAGUUCACCUUCCAAAAAUCUUUGAUCUGGACCUUCCAGUUUCUAAUCCUGAUCUUCACAGCAUGCGCUGGCUGACCCUUCGAGAACUGACCAUGUACAUCCUGGGUCCUGAUGCUCAGAUAGAGGACUUGUUGCAGUUUAUGAGAACUAAAAAUGUCAUGCCCCAAGAGGCUACAAUAACACAUUCCUUAGAAGUCUCCAUGAAAGCUUUAUGUCAGCACCAAGGACUGAAGAUUCCUCAUCAAUUUACAAUGUGGCCGCCAAACAGUCCAGCUAUCUUACUACACUGGAGAGCCCUUCUAGGACUACUGCAGUAUGUAACACCUCGCUUCCAACAGCAGUUCAAAUCUGCAUUUACUAAAGUAGCAUUUGAUGGGUUAAGUUUAGAGAAUGUGAGCAAUCUUGGAAAAAAAGACUUGUAUUUGUUAAAAGACGAAUUGGGAAAUAAUCAUCACAGAGAAGAGGAUUCUAUAAAGGACAAUGCCAUCAACAAUAAAGGUCCCAUAGAAUUUGGUAAUAAUUUUUGCAAUGAAAAUGUGCAUGGUGACAGUUUUUCUGAUGACAGAAGGAGAGAAUACUUGUCUCCACAUCCUCAAUAUGAUGAACAAUAUCAUGAACAAACUGAACAUUUUAACGUUGAUAGACAGAAUAUGGUCAUCUCGGACAGACUAUGUGAUGAAACAUUCUUCCCAGAGAGACCAGGUUUGAUGGACAGCCAUUUUUACUUUGAUCGUCUCUGCAUGUUGUUUAAUAUGACAGAAAUAACCCCAUUAGAUUUGUUGUCCAAUUUAGCAGUUCACGCACAACCAAGAGUACCUGUAGACAUCAUUGGUGGAGCCUUGGUGUACAGCAACCCAAAGUAUUUCUCCCUUGAUGUUUUUCCCAAUUAUUCAGGAUGGAGAAACUGCUUUGGUGUUGAUGCCUUAACCACCCCAAGUAUGCAGGAGCAAGAGUUUAGGGCGAUUGGUGUCCUGACCAACAGUGCUGAUGCUGCUUUUGGGGACAUUGGCUUGGACCGUUCUGCCCACAAGGAUUUGUGGAUGGAUCAGGAAGUGAAAUUCAGACAGCUUCUGAGCCUUAGUACACCAUCCCAACCAAUGAUAUUGAAGAUCACUGGUCCUUAUGGCGAUCCAUAUGGUUUCGAUGUCAGUUCAAGAGUUCGUGAACUUGUCCGCAGGCAAUGCAGUCCAACUCAACACAUUCACCUCUGUAAUUUCAAGGGAGAAGAAUUGAUGGUAAGGGAAUGGUUGGAUGAUUUUUCCAACUGUUACUUUGGAUUUUCAAGAAAAGUACUGGGAUUUGAUGAACAACAGGUAAAAGGACUCCAGGCUGUCCCUGAUGACCGUCUGCUGUUAGAGUCAGAUAUAUCACUAACUGGUGUACAACAGAACAUUAUCGAAAACAGUCCCUUGUUCCUAGGAGAAGUUGCGUCUGCUGUGGCAACCAUGCGUAAGGAUUCCUUAGAAAACAUUGCUCAUAAAACAGUGUCUAACACCUGUCGACUGUACAAUCUUUGAAGUGAGUCUGCCACAGUCUCAUGCUUGUCAUGCUAUAAUUACCUGACAAUGUAAAAUCUCAUACCAAUGUGAAAACUAGACAUUUACAAAGAAUCAUCAAUUAUUUUCAAUUUGCCACUUCCCUGGCCUAAAUUUUAAGGUUUGGGGUACCACUAGGAAUCACGUAGCCUCUUUCCAUUUGUGCAUGAUUAAUAAUUUUCAUUACCAAUGUCAUUUGCAAGGACACAAUGUAUUUUGUUUAAUUUACAACUUACCAAUUGCAUGGCAAAGAUGACAUUUUGAUUGUUUGGAAGAGAUGUUCUGUGGACCCAGGGGGUGUCCAUUACAUUUGUUUGUGGUUUAUACAUGUGACUGUCAAAAGUAAUCUAAUGUUAUUUGCAAUCUAGUUCCUUCAAUUUCGGAUAAAUAUUAGCAAAAUUCUAUAUUCAUUUUGCUAAUUUUUAACAUAUUACAUGAUUAUGGCUCGUUAAUUGAAUUGCUUUGGUUAGGGCUGAAACGAUACGCCCACUUUACGAUACGAUAAAUAUUGCAAUACUUAUUCCACGAUUCAAUACUUUCAAUACAAUACAAUUCACAGAAGAAACCAAAAAUAACAUUGAAGAAAAUUUAAUUACCGGUACCAUAAUUCAAAAUCAUAAUUUUAAAAGCAAAAUGUUUCCAAACUGCCAAACAAUAAGAUGCAUGUUGGCUCUGUAGUUUAAAAUGAUAAAGCUCAUUAUUAUUUUCGUCAAACUCAAGGUAAACAACAGUCUGAAAGUUAUUUGAUGUUAUUUUGUCCCUGAGAUACAGGUAAAAAUAAUAAGUACAGGCCGAGUCUGAUGUAUUUUACUGAACCUGUUUGUAAUAAAUGUAUCAAGGCAAUGAAUCAAACAUUGAAUGCAGCGUUUAUACUGAACAGUAUCAAUAUUUCAGUGAGUCGUUUCAGCCCUAGCUUUGUUUGAAAAUUAAGUUUGAACUUGCUUUAGUUUGAAAUUUGGAAUAUUUGUAAUAUAGAGUCAACCAGGGAGAUAUACUACAUUGUCAUAAUGGCUGACCUCCUGAAAUAUAAAUAUCAGCAAUAUUUGUCCAUUCUGUUUCAAUUUAAUUGAUUAGCUGAGUAGCUCAGUGUUUUAGGAUGUGACUGCUGAUCUCUAGAUCGCAUGUUUUGAGUCCCACAGGAGUUUUAAAUUUUUUACAGAUUACUUUUUACUAAAACUGCAUUUUUUGACUAACGAAAGUUAAUUUUAAAGUUUUUUAUUUCAAAAUAUUAUUUUACAUAUUCUCCACUUUUCACCCAUAUCAAAUUUCUCUGGUGUAGUAUUCCUCCUUAAUUCAUUUUGUUGCAUACUUAGCUAAUAUUUGGAAAAAAAAAUUAAAUAUUUGAUUGUAUGUUAUUGUAUAAAGACUUCAUUUAUUAGCAAGAUGUAUGUCCAUAUGUCCAUAAUCAUUUUUAUCUGAAUUUUAAAAAAGAAAAUGGAUUGGACAGUGUUAGAAACUAACUUAUUCAGUAUUGAAUGGGUAUGGGGUUUGUAAAGGUAGAUACAAAAGAAAA